AUGAACCAAACAUUUCCGCAUGAAUUUAUCCUCAUUGGUCUAUCCACCAAUCCAUGCUUUCAGCCACUGUUUUUUACUAUCUUCAUAUUGAUCUACACAGUGACAAUCCUGGGAAAUGUUCUGGUUAUUAUGAUUGUAAGGAUUAACAUUCAGCUGCAGACUCCUAUGUACUUUUUUCUUAGUAACCUCUCGUUUAUUGACUUGUGCUUCUCCACUACUGUUGUGCCGAAGCUACUAAUAAACACUUUGUCCGAUGACACGAGCAUUUCUUUCUUGGGUUGUGCAGCCCAGAUGUAUUUCCACCUGGCUCUGGGGGGAACAGAAUGCAUAAUAUUAUCAGUCAUGGCCUAUGAUCGGUAUAUAGCCAUUUGCAACCCUUUAUGCUAUAACACCAUCAUGAAUAUGAGGCUCUGUGUAAUAUUGUCAGCCGUAACAUGGAUUUUUAACUUCCUUCAUUCUAUAUUCCAUGCAGCCAUCACCUUUCAACUUCCUUUUUGUAGGUCCACCCAUGUCAAUCACUACUUUUGCGAGAUGCCUCCACUCUUCAAGCUUUCUUGUAAGGACACUUUGUGGAAUGAAAUAGCUCUAUACUUCUCAGGGGCAACUGUAGGCUUUUGUGCAUUUGCGUUGACUCUACUAUCCUAUGUACAAAUUAUUUCUACCAUCUUGAAGAUGAGUUCCACCAAAGGGCGUAGAAAGGUCUUUUCUACAUGUACCUCCCAUCUUUGUGUUGUUUCACUAUACUAUGGUACCAUUGUCUUUAUAUAUUUAAGGCCUCGAGGAAGUUAUUCUGUAAAUCGAGACAGAAUAGUAUCUAUUCUCUACACGGUGGUGACACCUAUGUUUAAUCCCAUCAUUUAUAGUAUAAGGAACAAUGAAGUGAAAGGAACUUUAAAGAAGAUACUGUUCAGGACUCAAUUGCAAUCCAGUGUCCAUUAA